AAACCAAUGAACGAAGUUAGCGAACCGUGUUUGUUUGCGUUCUUGAGAACGUCGGUUAGAAAAUUCACGGCCUCUCGGACCCCCUAUUCCCAAGACCGAAAUGGCGAAAACCGUCCCGGUGGCCAGCAAGCGGCAAACCAACACAGGAGCUCGGAGCAGAGGGUUGAAGCGCUUGUCGAAGAAGAAAGCCCCUAAAAUACCGAUUAUACCGAAGGUGGGCGUUCUUGGUAUGGUGAAUGGUUUCACAGUGACGCGGCUCGAGCCUGAAAAGCUGCAGACGCUGCUCAUAUUUCCGCCGGGUCUAACCAGUCCGGCCAACGAGCCCAAAAGGGUGACGUUCGCUCCGGCGGAGCUCCAGGAAGAAAUCAAUGGCAAUGCACGACCUCAUCGAGCAAACACACGGCGCACCCACUCAGCUCGCGAUUCCUCCGAGGAUUCACUGAAUGAUUUCGACGCUUCACGGGAAGCAAAGCGGAGGAGAACGUCCGAACUUUCCACGGUCGAGGAUGCUGAAGUUCGUAAAACUACCUCGUCGAUGCGGCCCCGAAAAGUCACGCUACAACACUCAACACCUGCGGAAAUCAAGGACGAAAAUUCCCCGACGCUGAAACGAGAGUAUCCACGAACACCGAAACCCACCGAAAAAAGCGCCGUCUCAUCGUUCGAUACCUUCGACGAGACCUCUCAUCACGAAGGUGAUGACGACGACGAGGAAGAGGAGUGCACUAUCGAAGCGAAAGUAACUUUGGAGAGACUAUUCGAUGACGAUACCAACGCCGAAGAAGGAGAGCAUCACAGAGAGGGCGAGAAAGUCUUGAGCGCUUCGAAGGUCUGCCCGGCAGUGAUCUUCUUCGAAGACAGAAAUUCUUUGAACUCGAGCGGCACUACGGUCGAAAUCGACGUCGAUAAAAACCGAGACAACGCUCUAGCGCCAAAGGAUGACGAGCAAUCCUCAUCUAGUGAAACACAUGAUUUCAAAGAUUUUCAUCCUCUGAGCCCCGUGAGGAUAGACCUCAAGGAGAUCAAUUAUGUCCCCCCUGUCAUUCGGGACAAGCGAGCUGCGGAAGAAAUUGUCGACACCCAAGAAUCGGAGACGAAAGACGAUGACAUCAAUUCGGACCUGAGUUUGAAUUUGGCCCCAGACAGUGAAGCCGGACAGCCGCAGCCUAGCGACGACCAGAAUGAGGAGGAGCCUCCUAAAGGCGAAUCGGCGGAUAAUCUGAGCUCACUCGAUGAAAGAUCACUCUCUCGCUUGACGAGUAGGAAUUCACAGCGAGAAGACGUGGCAGAAGAAGAAAAAGAUGUUUUCCAUCAGCGGAGGUCGCAACUGUCUCUAGACGAAGAAGAACCCAUGGAGGUUUCAAUCAUUCAAAACUCGACCCGACUCUCCGGUGUUCCAACUCCGAAGGCGGAAGCCAGGAUCGAGGUCAGCACCGAUACGACGGAUGCCGUCUCUCAAGCGGACGGAGUGGGUAGCGGUCUCGAGUCGAAGGAGGAGUACUCAGGAAUUCCGGCAGAAGGUCCUCGUGAGGAGAAUACGGCUCCCCCGGCUACAACGGUCGACGUGGAACCUAAAGCCGAGGCAGAAUCAACGGAAGCUGUUCCGGAAGGAAAAAUAAUGGACACUUCAACCACCCUUUCCCUUAAUUUCACCGAGGAAGAAGACAUCGAUAUGAGGAGUCUAUCCGAUAGGAUUAAGAAGAUCCCAGAGCAGCUAGAGAGCUUCGUGACGACUCCUGACGUGAACGGGGAUUCUCAAGAGCCCGUGACAGAGCCGAAGAUAAAUGAAGCCGCUCCGAGCGCGGCCGGGUCGAAUCUGUCAGUGGAUGGGGCAGAAGACGAAUCCCCUCCAGAGGGUAUCGAGUCGGCCGCUCCGAUCGAGGGAGAACCUCCAGGAGCUGAGGGGACUCACCUCAAACCGCAUGCGAACGAUGCCGCAUCCGAUGAAAUUCCAUCAGAUGAACAGCACACGGAAGCUCCGCCUGGUGUGGUUAUGGAAGAAGCGACAGUGGAGGGACAGCCGGAAGAAUCGCGCGCCGCAGCAACCGAAGAAGUGUCGGAUCAGACAUCCGAUCCGCAGUCGGCAGAAGCCGUCGGAGUCACUACGGAACCCAAUGCGCCUGUCGAAAUCGGCACGUCGUCGAAGGGAACCGGGAUUGAAAUUAAGGAUGACGAACCGCGAUCCGAAGAAAUAGCUCAGGAAGAAGAAAUUCGAGAAGAAGAGCUGGACGGGAGUGAGCGAAGUGAAGAUCGAGAAUCUGAUGAAUCUUCCACUCGAGUAACUGAUGAAAUUGAAAAUAGUAAUCCCGAACCACAGAAUUUUUCAGCCAACUCGAUCCAGUCCGCCGCUCAGCCGAGUGAGCGGCGCGACGCUCAUGACGGAAUUCAGUCCACGAUCGAUUCUGCUGACGAUUCGUGUACCUCGACUGGAAUCGACGGGAAGAAUGCGCCGGCCGCUCACCAAUCGAUCGAAACGAGUCUCGCUCUGGAGGAAAACGAUCCUGAGAGCAUUCCGGAAUUGGACCGAGAGGGACCCCCGGCAUCGGAACCUCUGACUGAAGCGGAUUCCAAGCAAACCUCGAAGCGAGUACGGCGCAGUAGGCAGCCCUUCAUAUUUGAAGCCGAUAGCGGACCGGUCCCAGUGACUACGCCAGUCGUCAAGAAAAGACCUGGGCGAGCGAAAACCGUCGAAAAAUCCACUCCCGGCGCGGAAGCCCCGAAAAGUACGCGGGAGACCGCCACGAAGUCUACUUUGAGGUCUUCUGCGGAGCCCAAGACCCCUAAGACACCGUCUGCGAGGACUAAAGCUGCUCGGUCGAUGGCGGCGGAGUCGGAAUCUUCCGAAGCCGUCGCCGAAGCUGCCGGGUCCCCGGAAGAACCUGUGGCUGCUCCGAAAGUGACGAGAACACCGUCCGCGAGAUCUAAAGCUGCGAAAACGGCAGCAGCAGCAGCGGCUAAAUUGGAAGCUUCAAGAGCUGAGGCGGAUGACGGCGGGACUCCGGAAACGUCUCCUGUGGUGAUGAAAACGCCGAAAACGCCCGCUCCGAAAGCCAAGACUCCCCGAGCGAAAGCGACGAAGGCGAUGUCAUCGAAAAAGGAAACCGAGGCACCGAAGACUCCGGAAGGAUCCCCCGUGACAAUUAAGGCUCCGAAAACGCCGAAGUCCAAGGCCUCAGCCCCGAGAACAACGAGAACUCCAGCAGCCACGCCAUCGAAGAAAACAGCGAAAUCUAAAUCGAUCUCCCCCGAGGACGAUGAUUCGCCACCGGAAGUCUCCAGAUCAGCCGUGAAAACGUCGAAGACCUCGACUACUGCGUCGACGUCCCGACGGAAGACGACCAAGUGA